UCUCGCCCCUUUCCUCUCAAAAACCCCCAAAACCCUAAGCCUAUAAAUCCGCAUUUCCACCUCUAAACCCUUCUCCUUCGCUAGCCUCCGUCAAAAACCCUUGAAGCCACAAACUCAGACACACCCGGUUUCCACCAUGUCUGAAGUCGAGCUUUCUCGUUCUGAGAAGAAAAAACACAAGAAAAAAACCCAAGAAACUGAAACAGAGACGAACCCUACAGACACAGUCAAAGAUUUCAUGAUCAAACCUCAGAACUUCACCCCAACAAUAGACACUUCACAGUGGCCAAUUCUUUUGAAAAACUACGACAGACUUAAUGUGCGAACUGGACACUACACUCCACUUCCAUGUGGUCACUCACCUCUCAAGCGUCCACUUGCUGAAUACAUCAGGUAUGGUGUUAUGAAUCUUGAUAAACCAGCAAACCCAUCAUCACAUGAAGUUGUUGCUUGGAUUAAGAGGAUUUUACGUGUCGAAAAAACUGGUCAUAGUGGUACUUUAGACCCUAAAGUUACUGGUAAUUUAAUUGUUUGCAUUGAUAGAGCUACUAGACUUGUUAAAUCUCAACAAGGUGCUGGGAAAGAGUAUGUUUGUAUUGCUAGAUUGCAUGAUAAGAUUGCUGAUGUUACGAAAGUAGCCAGAGCAUUAGAGACGCUUACUGGAGCGGUUUUUCAGAGGCCGCCCUUGAUUUCGGCUGUUAAAAGACAGCUUAGAAUUAGGACAAUUUAUGAGAGUAAGUUGUUAGAGUAUGAUGCAGAUAAGCAUUUGGUUGUUUUUUGGAUUUCGUGUGAGGCGGGGACAUAUGUUAGGACAAUGUGUGUGCAUUUGGGGUUGAUUCUUGGGGUAGGUGGGCAUAUGCAAGAAUUGAGGAGGGUGAGGUCAGGGAUUUUAGGGGAGAAAGAUAAUAUGGUUACUAUGCAUGAUGUCAUGGAUGCUCAAUGGGUUUAUGAUAAUUAUCGUGAUGAGAGUUAUUUGAGGAGGGUUAUUAUGCCCCUUGAAGUGAUUUUGACUAGUUAUAAGAGGCUGGUUGUGAAGGAUUCUGCUGUGAAUGCAAUUUGUUAUGGUGCUAAGUUGAUGAUUCCAGGGCUGUUGAGGUUUGAGAAUGAUAUUGAGGCUGGUGAGGAAGUUGUGUUGAUGACUACUAAGGGUGAGGCUAUUGCUCUGGGAAUUGCUGAGAUGACAACUGCUGUUAUGGCUACUUGCGAUCAUGGUGUUGUGGCAAAGAUUAAGAGGGUUGUGAUGGAUAGGGAUACUUAUCCGAGGAAAUGGGGAUUGGGGCCGAAGGCAUCAAUCAAGAAGAAGUUGAUUUCUGAGGGGAAGUUGGAUAAACAUGGGAAACCAAAUGAUAAUACUCCUCAUGAAUGGGCGAGAAAUUUGGUUUUGCCUGCUGGUGGUGAUUCCAUGGUUGCUGGCCUUGCUGCUGCUGCUGAACCAGUUGUGAAGGAGAUUGGUGAAGAUGGUGAGGGGCGCAAGCGCAAAUUGGAUGAAAGCUCUGAUAGCCCUGCUGCUCAUGUUGCAAAGAAGGCUAAAACUGAAUUAGUUAAAGAUGAAGAGAGUGUCAAGGUUAAGAAGGUGAAGGAAGAGCUUGUGGAGGGAAGUGAUGAUGAGAAAAAAGACAAAAAGAAGAAGAAAAAGAAGAGUAAAGAGGACGGUGAGGCUGGAAAGGAAGAGAAGGUUGAGUUGAAGAAGCUAAAGGAAGAGCCUGUUGUGGGAAGUGAAGAUGAGAAGAAAGAGAAAAAGAAGAAGAAAAAGAAGAGUAAAGAGGAUGCUGAAGUGGAAAAUUUAGUAGAAAAGGAGACUGAGAAGUCUGAGAAGAAGAAAAAGAAGAAGAAAGACAAAGAGGCUGAAGAGGCCGCAACCAUUGAGAAUGGCAAAGCUGAUGGAGAGGCUGAUAAAAGUGAGAAGAAGAAAAAGAAGAAGAAGGACAAAGAUGGAGAAGAUUAGACAAGAAAGUUAGUAACAUUUUGAUUCAAGGGCAUGAGGUCAAGGAAGCCCUCGGAUAUUUGCAGAUGCAGCAGGAUUGGAGCUUGUUUGCCUUGCAAGCCCUGCAUGGAUUCCAAGUUCAUCUAUUCAGAAUCAAAAGGCCGAUUUCUGUAGAUAGCUUCAGUUUUGGAGCUGCCUUCGAACUGUUUCAUGGUUUAUGCUGGUUCGAUCCACAACAUUCUGUGUAAUGUGUCUGUGGUUUAGUUAAGGAACUUUCUUAGUAUGGUUGCUUUUAGACUGUAAUGGAUGUUUAAGUGUCUACAUUUUCUCACCUAGAUAUGCUACGUUAAGUUUUCCAUGACUUGUAGUGGGUUUUGGAUUGAACGUGAAAUCAUCAAUUAAGAUACAUCUUGUUACAGAAUAAA